AGCGGUUGUGCUUCAGGGAAUCAUUAUUUUCGACACAUAUCCCUGUCAUGGACUUAUACAAAGCAAUCAAACUUAUUUUUAUAGUUUUGUCUACAGUUAUGCAGUGCGUCAAUUUGAACACCGUUUCGAUAAAAGAUAACCGGCUAUCGAUGAAAGUGUGUUAUUGUAAUAAUAAAAGUGAUCAAAACGCUCAAUUAGUGAUGUUGAAACCAUUUAAGUGUUAUUACCGUUACAUGUCGUGCCGCUCGAGUAACUUGCUCCUGUGGAAAAGGCGGAGAAGGGUGUUAAGUGAUAUGAUUAAGUUGCCGGAGAAGACUGAUAAGAUAAGGCAUAGGAGAGAAGUGGAGAGAGUUAAUAGUUAUAUGUUGAACGUGCGGGAUAAUGAUAGUGUCCCAAGGAAGGGGUUGAGAUAUUCUCCGGUAGGUGUGUCUUUGGUGGCGCGUUUCAAGCAACAGUGGCCCGUGCAUCUGUGGCGGCGGUAUGCAUAUACGGACGAUUAUCUGAUGUUGAUCAACUCGCACUGGCUCCGGUUCCCGCCACCAGACCCUGCCAUCAACUACGCGCUUGGAGCGCUGUACGUGCUCAUGAUGGUCGUGGGAUGCACUGGAAACGCGCUCGUACUCUUCAUGUAUAUCAAGUGCCGCAGCCUGCGUACAGCGGGGAACAUCCUAGUAGCCAACCUGGCGCUCAGCGACUUCCUGAUGCUUGCCAAGACGCCUGUCUUCAUCUUUAAUUCUUUUAACCUGGGACCUGCUUUGGGAAAACCUGGCUGUAUCAUAUACGGAUUUCUUGGCGGUCUGACUGGUGCUACAUCAAUCGCCACGCUGUCAGCCAUAGCCCUGGACCGGUACUGGGCGGUGGUGCGGCCGCUGGAGCCGCUGCGCGCGCUCACGGCCAUCCGCGCGCGCCUGCUGGCCGUGGCCGCCUGGCUCUACGCAGCCCUCUUCGCCUCCAUCCCCGCCUUCGACUUCGGCUACGGACACUACGUCCCCGAGGCGUACCUCACCAGCUGCAGCUUCGACUACCUCACUGAGGAACAAGCGCCGCGCUACUUCAUCUUCGUUUUCUUCUGCGCGGCGUGGGUCGCACCUUUCUGCACCAUCUCCUUCUGCUACCUGAGCAUUUUCCGCGUCGUCGUUUGCAACAGAAACAUCUCAACCACAAACCAAGAACAAAGGCUCUCCACCCGGCACGUCAAAGAAAGAGCGAAACGAAAAGCUGAAAUAAAACUCGCGUUUUUAGUUAUGGCCGUCAUAGCCUUAUUUUUUAUAUCGUGGACGCCCUACGCUGUAGUAGCUCUGCUGGGGAUUGCCGGUAAAAAGGACCUUAUUACUCCCAUAACUUCUAUGGUACCCGCAUUGUUUUGUAAGACAGCCGCUUGCAUAAACCCUUUCAUUUACAUUAUAACUCAUCCAAAGUUCCGGAAUGAAUUCAAGAAACUGUUGUACAGGGAUAAAUCUAAGCGUAUGGGUGGUACUAUGAAGACCACCGGUUACUAUACUGACACGACUAAAGUUCAUAGGCCAAGUAAAGAUUUAAGUGACACAGAAUCUCAGAUUAUAGAAAUGAGAGACAUACCAUAUCAAGAUGAAGUGGUACCAAGUACGGGUACUAAACUUAAAACUAUAUCAUCCAAAGUAUGCGAGCGUGAGGAUUCUUUGAAAAGCGUCAGUAUGAAAAGUUUCGAAGAAAGUGUUGUGAGCCCUCCGUCAUGGUACGCCAAACCUAAGUUUGCAAAAAAGAAGAGCUUUCACCGACGAUCAACCAGAAGUAUAAUAUCGUUGAAAACAGAUCCUUCGAUUUCAACAUAAGUAAUAAACAUCAUACGACGUAGACUUAAACCAUUGCACCUAACACAAACCACACUUUAGAAGACCACGGUAGUGUCAAGUCACUCUUCAAUGUAGUAAUCACAUUGUAAUGAAGUCAACUUUAAGUACCUAGGUAAUUAAAAUUAUAGGUUUAAUGAAAAUCAGUCGUGGUACCGUUUUCUCUAAUACACUUCAUAGUUAAAUAUCGAGCGAUUAAAAUUUAACUGAAAAAGACGUGCGUUAGCUGAAACGGUACUAUAAAGCUGAUUUAGAGUAGUUUUUAAUUAUUUAUUUAUGACUAAGGGCUGACGGAAAAAGUAUCCAUAAGUAGAUAUUAUGACAUACAUCUUCGUCGUAAUGAAAAAAGUAGAUAAGACGCUUAUCGAACUAAGUGUGGUAGAAAAGUGUUAAGACUUUAUUUUAACUUUCAAAAUGGAUUCUACCCUACCUACUUUGUUAUCCGGAGUAGUAUUUAAUCGUAUUUGGGUGCCACUUUUGUCUACACUAGGUAUAGGCACGAAGGUAGAAGAUGCGAGAGAAGAAAAAACUGAAAAAAGACCACCAAACACCAAACUUUCCAAUUAGCGUAUUUACUGAAGUUACUUUUACAUAACAACUUUCUAGCUAGCUAUAUGUAUACUUAAAGUUGUUAAGUACUUAUUUACCUACUGUAGAUGUAACCAAUGUAACCUGCAAAUAAAUGGGUUAAAGUAUGAAAUUGCCAAAUCUUUUCUUCAAUAUUCAUUAGUACAUAACUUCUUUAACUUAAUAGCUAUUUUCAUUAUUCUUUUUUAUUUUAAACUCCAUUUUAUGGACUUAUAUUGACAUAGCAUAAAAUUUUAUGUUUAUUUUUAAUAUUUUUUACGGAUACCAACUUUCUUUGUGUAUUAUAUGGCUUAAUGUUGUCUCAAUCUACCCACUUUGUUCCUAAAAAAAUAUCGCAUAGAUAUUUGUAUGGAAAAAUGGAAUUUAGUUAAAUCAAAGUUAAAUUCUCCAUACAAAACGGCAAUUUCAUACUUUAACACCUAAUACAGGGAGUUUGGUAGAGGGUAACUUGGUGUAUGUAAGGACAUUUUGAGAAUAUAAAUUCGCCCAUUUGACCCUAAGUGAGCAAAGUACUUUUUUAAUUGUUUUUUUCUUUGUAUUUAAUUAAAUUUGACCAAAAAACUGCUUUAAUAUUUUUUCUCACGUGUUAUAAAAGAAGCUCACUUUUGGGUUAAAUGGUCAAAUUUGUAUUCUCAAAAUGACCUUACUUAUAUCCACGAAGUUUGGCUAACCUUCUACCAAACACCCUGUAAGUAUGCCUGUAUAUGCCUGUUUGUGUUAGGUAGGGCUUCUUUUCAUAAUGAAUUCUGUUUGAUGUUCUCAGAGAUCAUAAAACAUACCUCAAAAUAACCAUCAUACUUGCCUUGUAUGAAUCGUAGAUUUUUUAUUAAUCUAAUGUCUGUGUUACUUACAUUCCUGUAAAGUUUCUUCAAUAUCCGUAGCUUCAUUUUGUAGUUUGCUCGUAAGAAGGAAAACUAUCGCGUUAUGUACCAAACUAAAUCUAUUGAAUAACAAUAGAGUUCAAUAUUAGCAAAUAAUAAACUCAAACGUUUAAAUAAAAAAAACCUAAGUAUUGAACAAACAUUACUUAGUAUAAGAAAAUCUAUUUUUUCUACAUUUUUUAUUUAAUAAGAUCAAAUAAUAACUUAUUUUAAAUUAUUAUGUACGGUACCUUCUAAUAGGUACAAACACCGAAAAUGUUAAGUAGGUACCUACCUAGUAGUACUACUAGUGUUAGCUAGGUACUAACUAGGCUAGUAGUACCUAGGCAACACAAAAUUUUUAAUAGUCCCAUAAUUAUGUUUCAUAAAAUACGUUUUUUUAUAAAUAAAUGACCUAUAAUGUUGUAUGGAAGAUAUUUUUAUCUGUUUCAAUGUGCUGUUGACAUUAUUUGAUAGUACUAGAUGAUUCAAUUUCAAAUAAAUGAUCAUGAAAACGGUAA